ACUCGCCGGAUCCAUAUAACCAAAUUGUUGAGGCACAGUUAUGCGAGACUGGAUUUUAUUAUGUAUCCCAAAUUGGAGUUAUUAAAGGCCAGUCAGCAAUGAUUAAUGCUCUGAUUGAGAGAUGGCGGCCCGAGACUCAUACUUUUCAUUUUCCGGUUGGUGAGUGUGCCGUGACCUUGGAGGAUGUGGCGGUAAUUCUCGGCCUGCCAACAAAUGGUCUUCCGGUUACAGGUCCGACCAUGAGUAGCUUCGAGGCAUUGGAAGCCGAGUGCUUGCACCAAUUUGGAGUUGCACCCAGCAAAAAUGACUGUAGAGGGAGCUUUAUAAAAUUAACGUGGUUUAGGGGUGUGAGAGAUCGUAUAGUGUUGAAUGAUGAUGUGCACAUGCAGAUGUAUGUAAAGUGUCACAUAAUGUUGUUAUUUGGGAAAAUUCUGUUUGCAGAUAAGUCAGGUGCAACGGUGCACUGAAAAUUUUUACCUUUGCUCCGUAACUUCGGUGGGAUCAUACAGUUUAGUUGGGGUUCGGCAUGCCUGGCACACUUGUAUAGAUCAUUGUGUAGGGCAACUCGUGUCGACUGCAAGGAGAUGGACGGUCCACUGACACUGUUGGUCAGUUGGGCUUGGAUCCGGCUACCAUUUCUAGCGCCGAUUCCUGGCAAUCCCCGAGUGUUCCCAAUUGCAAACAGGUGGCAUAACUGGGACCGUCAAAACUAUGCCUACCGAUAUAAAACGCUUGCGCACUACAGGAGGUUGUUGGAUGAUCUACAAGAAGGACAGGUAUUGUGUAAAAUACAAGUACCUUAUGUAACUUCUUAAGUGAAGUAGUUGUUGUGUAAUCAUCUGACUGGUUCGAUGUGUCCAGUUAGUUUGGCAGGCUUAUGGCAUUGGGUACAUCGACCCGGACGUAAUUCCUUUAGCCAUCCGUCAUAAUUCGGUUAUGUGGAGUGCCACAGUGCCACUUAUAUCUUUUGAAUGCAUCGAGUGGCAUGCAACUGAUAGAGUCAGGAGGCAAUUUGGAUUGACACAGGGUGUUCCUAGUGAAGAGCGGGAUCUAGGUGCAUCACACGGCGAAGUUCUAACUGGGCCUAAGAAUCAAGAUUGGGCCAAUACCCACUCGCGUUGGGUGAUGCAAUGGACCAAUCGAUAUAGUCACAUUCUAUCUGAAGACUUGGAGCAUUUACAUUAUCCGUUGGAAAUUUACAUGCAUUGGUACCGAGAUGCAUAUGGUGACCCCUUGCAAUUGUCGAACCUUGUUUUUGAAGAGAAUCCAGAAGGUCCUCCACCACCACCACCGGCACCAGAACCGGAACCGGAACCGGCAGCCGUACCUCCACCACCACCGCCACCGGAACCGCCUCAACAAGGGGUUGAGUAUUUUGCACCAUAUGUUCCUAACACGCAUCCGUCUGAUUAUUACUCAGUGCCAGUCCCGUCACAUCAACAAUUUUGGGGUGGUCCACAUUUUGAGUAUGGAGAGCAACCUUCAUUCAAUCAGCUGCUUGGUUUCAUGGCAUCAGGGUCGCACCACACAUAUUCAGGUAAUUAUGUUGACAUUCCCACCGACCAUCAAGCACAUUUGGGUGGUAUUACUCCAGCUAGGAGGUCAUUCGAUUUGAGAUCUCGGGUUCGCACUUCAUCUGAUAAUUCUGGUGUCAGAAUGUCUGUUGACUCGAGUAGAAGUACUGAAGCGGCGGGAGGGAUCAUACAAAGUGGAAACCCUAGACGUAUUCCGAUUACUCUUCCUCAUGAGGAAACUGAUAACUACUUAGUCGACCAUCCAGAGGAUGAGGUACGGCCACAAGUGAAAAAGGUAAAGGUUACAACCUCAGAGCUGAUCCUCCACGUCGGAGUGCAAACCGGUAUACACCAUCCGCCUUUAACAGGAUUGCAAAGAAGUGCAGAAAGUUAUACAAAGAUAUGA